UUGGAAUAUUAGAUUGAAUGCAACCCUCUUAAAAAACUAGAAAUACGUAAACACCAAAACAUAGAACAAAAGAUGAUACGUAUGUGAGUCAAUGUGACGUACUCGAAAAGGAACCUUGUAAGCGUGAGUUAGGUUUUUUACACAUUAAAUUGAGGCUGUUUACAUCCGAAUCCGUUUUAUAAAUAUAGGUUAAAUUGUAGUGUGCUAAUUUUAAGAGAGAAAAAAAAGGCAUAGGUGAGUCUUCUACCCUAGUAAUCCGAUAAAACCAAAACCAUGUCUUCCUGCAAUAACUCCUCCGGCAAUCUCGCGGUGGCCAUUGCUCUUCUUUUUGCCGGCGCCCUAUAUAUCUACUUCUCAUCACGUUCUGUUUCUGAUCCUAUCUCCGAUUUCCAAAACUAUGUCGACUCUCUGAGAAGGAUAGCGUAUCCGGUGGACGAGCUAGAGGCCGUGCUAGACAGGGCUGCGACAGGAAACAACAAGACGGUGAUAAUAGCAAUGGUGAACAAAGCCUACGUGAAGGAGGUUGGAGGAGGGAGGACGAUGCUGGAUCUGUUUUUGGAGAGUUUUUGGGAAGGAGAGGGGACUCUGCCGCUACUAGACCAUUUAGUGGUGGUGGCAGCGGAUCAGACGGCUUAUGAUCGUUGCCGUUUCAAGAGGCUCCACUGCUAUAAGAUGGAGACAGAAGGGGUAGACUUGGAGGGAGAGAAAGUAUACAUGUCAAAAGAUUUCAUUGAGAUGAUGUGGCGAAGGACUCGCUUGCUCCUAGACGUCCUCAGCCGCGGCUACCAUCUUAUUUUCACGGAUACGGACGUGAUGUGGUUAAGGAGCCCUUUGUCCCGCUUAAGCAACAACGAAAGCUUGGAUAUGCAAAUAAGCGUGGACAGUAAUAAUGGCACGGGAGGACACUUGAUCAACACAGGAUUCUACCACGUCCGGUCCAACAACAAGACCAUCUCCCUCUUCCAGAAAUGGUACGACAUGAGACUUGAGUGGACGGGCAUGAAGGAACAGGACGUCCUUAAGAAGCUCUUGGACUCCGGCUUCUUUGACCAGCUUGGCCUCAACGUUGGCUUCCUCAACACAACCGAAUUCAGUGGCUUCUGCCAAGACAGCCCUGACUUGGGCGUUGUCACCACAGUCCACGCCAACUGUUGCCGCCACAUCUCUGCUAAGGUCUCUGAUCUCACUCUUGUUAUUGGUGAUUGGAAACGCUACAAAUCCUCUCGUGUCAACAGCAAGUGGAGCCCCCAUGUUGAGUGUUGGCGUUCAUGGAGUGACGCCCACUAUAUCCCCAGGCUCUGACCCUUCUUCGUUCAUAUAGUGAGAUUACUAUUUGUAUACAGAACUCCAGUAUCUAUUAACUGCAUAUCGUAUUUAGGUUAAUCGUAGCUAGCUAGUGGAGCAUUGCAUGCUUCUCGUUUGACAAGUAAUUAAUUACAAAACAUCUUUUAUAUGUGUGUUACAACAAGAUUUUUUUUGCUCUGCCUUUUAAUUAUACCACCUAGCUAGCUACUUGAAAUAUAAUUCACAGAAGAUGAGAGUUCCAAAUCCAAUGUACAAGCACAAGUUGGUGGAUAAACCAAAUGAGCGAGCUCGAGACCUCGUGCACCCAAAGCGAGAAUCAUACCAGUGCACCAAAUGCCCUGUUCUUGAAACUUAAAUACAUGAUUUCCCUUGUGUUUUGGGGAAAACAAUUGAUGUAGGCGG